AUGGACAAUGUUGAUGAAAAACUAACCAUUUUUAAUGAAAUAUUUUUAAAUACAUUGGAUAAACACGCCCCAGUAAAGACCAUAAAAGUACGCGGAAAAUCUUGCCCUUUUAUCACCCCGGAAAUAAAAGCAUCCAUGAUCAAAAGAGACCAGCUCCACAGUCUUUUCAGGAAAACACGUGAUCAUUAUGAUUGGCUUAAUUUCAGAGAGGCCCGCAAUUUUACAAAAACCGCACUUGUUAAUGCACAGAAAGAACAUGUACUGAAGGAAGUUCAGCAACACAGAAACAAUACUGGGUCACUUUGGAAGGUAAUUAAAGAAAAUAUAGCGUAUAGGAAAAGAGAGUCAGUGGUCUACAGUAAGGAACCGAAAUUAGUGGCCGAAGAGUUUAAUCAUUUCUUUUCCACCAUCGGUGUGAAUGCAGCAAAGAAAGCCUCAACACUAAUACAAGAUCCUAGUGUUUAUCCAGCUCGGAAUCUUUCUGACGUAAAUCGCACAGAUAACAGCUACCCUGAAGAAAAUGAUAGAUUUAGUUUCACCCCAGUCUCUUGUUCAGAAAUAAGGAACAUCAUAUUAGCUAUGCCGUCAAACAAAUCACCCGGCAAAGACAAAGUGAGUAUGCGUGUCAUCAAACACAGCCUACCGGUAAUUCUUAAUCUCCUUACCUUUCUUUCGAAAAUUUGUGAAAAAGUCGCCUUGAAUCAAUUUGGUUCGUAUCUAAUGAAGAACAAAAAAUUGUCAACCCACCAGAGCGGGAACAAGAAACAUCACUCAUGCGAAACAUUGAAUCUUUUGACCGGAGAUACUAUCCUAAAGGCCAUGCAUGGGAAAUUGGUUACUGCACUGAUUCUAAUAGAUCUAUCUAAAGCUUUCGACAGUGUAAAUCAUACUUUUCUCCUUACAAAACUUAGCAACGUCGGGGCUUCUCCAAGCGUUGUAAAAUGGUUUGAGAGUUACUUGACCGGAAGAACUCAAUCAGUCAGAAUUGGAUCAACUGUGUCUACUCCUCUCCCUGUUUCGUAUGGUGUACCACAGGGUGCAAUUUUAUCACCUUUACUUUUUAGUAUUUAUACUAACGAUUUGCCCUCAUCAGUCCACCAUAGUAAACUUGAAUCGUACGUGGACGACUCCAAGAUAUUACUAUCUUUCACUGUGGCUAACGUAGACUGUUUAAAGCAACAACUUGAGGAAGACUUGUAUUUGAUUGCAAACAGUUGUUCCGAAAAUGAAUUGCUUAUUAACCCGGGAAAGACCAAAUACAUGCUGAUUGGCACACGGCAAAACCUACAACAACUUCCCGUAGAUAUGACCAUAAACUUCCUCAACGAGACAAUUACCCCCGUCUCCUUUGCCAAAGAUCUAGGAAUGACAAUCGACUCUUAUUUGACAUAUGACCAGCACAUCACCAACCUGAUUUCCUCAUGUAUGAAUUCCCUGUGCCAAAUAAACCGAGUCAAAAAAUGUUUCGAUAAAGAAGCUUUAACUCUCAUCGUCUCGGCACUUGUAAUGAACAAAAUGGUCUAUUGUUCAACGGUUUGGUCAAACACUUCGUCUACCAACAUUAAGAAACUACAGUUGGUACAAAAUUUUGCAUGCAGGAUAAUAACAAAUAUUGGAAAGUUCGACCAUAUUUCGCCGGGCUUACGCGAACUUAACUGGCUCCCAGUAAAGGAACAAUUACUACUAAGAGAGGCUAUUAUGAUGUACAAAUGUGUCAAUGAACUUGCUCCACAUUAUUUGAGCGAUUUAUUCACAAAACGUUCUGACAUUCAUCAACGAGAUACACGUAGCCAUGACUCACUGCAAAUACCAUUGUACAAAACUUCUGCAGGUCAAAGGUCCUUUCAUUAUAGAGGCGUUACACUCUGGAAUGAUUUGGACAUAAAGUUCAAAAAGUUAGACUCCCUAAAAACUUUCAAAAACGAACUGAAGCGAAGCAUGCUAGAACAAAUAUAUAAGUAG